UCUGGAUCAGCUGGAUGAGCGCGCGGCUGCGCAGCGUGGUUGUGUGUUUACUCUGAAAACACUGGAUUAGGAGCUUUUUAAACACAAACUGAAUUGAAUCACCUGGAAGGACAGACAGACACAGACAGACAGUGUGUGGACUGAAGCUGUGAGACUGUAGUUGGACCGACGAGCCUCCACUGCCAACGCCUUUCCCCCCCCCUCCCUCUCUGUGUCCGUGGCUGUGAAACUUCAUCGAGCCAAACACGCUGGUUUCCCUUCAGCUCAUGAAGAGCUGAGACCCACACACACACCGAGAGAAGUCACCUGAGAGCUACAAAGAGAAGAAUGGGCUGCACGAUCAGCGCCGAGGACAAAGCUGCAGUGGAGAGGAGUAAGAUGAUUGACAGAAACCUGCGGGACGACAGAGACAAGUCCUCCAGAGAAGUGAAGCUGCUCCUGCUCGGAGCUGGGGAAUCUGGGAAAAGCACCAUAGUAAAGCAGAUGAAAAUCAUUCAUGAAGAUGGCUACUCAGAGGAGGAGUGUAAGCAGUACAAAGUUGUUGUGUACAGUAACACCAUCCAGUCCAUCAUGGCCAUCAUCAGGGCGAUGGGCCGGUUAAAGAUCGACUUUGCGGAUGCUGCACGGGCGGACGAUGCCCCUCAACUGUUUGCCCUGGCGAGCUCUGCGGAGGAAGGGGUGAUGUCGGCCGAGCUGACGGCCAUCAUUCGGAGGCUGUGGAAGGAUGGCGGUGUUCAGGCCUGCUUUGAUCGAUCACGAGAAUAUCAGCUCAACGAUUCUGCUGCAUACUACUUGAACGACUUGGACAGGAUCUGCCAGCCAAACUAUGUCCCAACUCAACAGGAUGUGUUGCGCACACGCGUGAAGACCACUGGCAUCGUGGAAACCCACUUCACCUUCAAAGAUCUUUACUUCAAGAUGUUCGAUGUUGGGGGUCAGCGCUCAGAGAGGAAGAAGUGGAUCCACUGCUUUGAGGGAGUAACUGCCAUCAUUUUCUGUGUCGCACUCAGUGACUACGACCUCGUUUUGGCUGAGGAUGAGGAGAUGAACCGGAUGCAUGAGAGCAUGAAGCUUUUUGACUCCAUCUGCAACAACAAGUGGUUCACGCUUACCUCCAUCAUCCUCUUCCUCAACAAGAAGGACUUGUUUGAGGAGAAGAUCAGCAGGAGUCCGCUCACUAUCUGCUACCCUGAGUUCUCUGGUGGGAACGCAUAUGAAGAGACAGCAGCUUAUAUCCAGUGCCAGUUUGAAGACUUAAAUAAAAGAAAGGACACCAAGGAGAUCUACUCCCACUUCACUUGUGCCACGGACACCAAGAAUGUGCAGUUUGUGUUUGACGCCGUCACUGAUGUCAUCAUCAAGAUUAACCUGAGGGAGAUCGGGCUCUACUAAAGCAUCAGGCCCUGCAGAUGUUGGGGGGGAUCACCAGGACGUCUGGGCUGGUAUGUUUUGUUUGCAGAGAGCAAAUAGGAAAGUAGGUGUUUCUAAGGACUGAGUUUGUGGCCAUGCAGCAUGCAGGACAUAAAUUCCACAAUCUGGGGACUUGCUACCAUCAUCACUUUUGUCUUAAAGUAUUUUAAAAGCAGAACAUACUGGGAGGAAGUGGUAAGUGGGGGAGAUUUGUGAAAUUGAACAGUGGACGGGCUGGCAGGUAAAGCCCCUCUGACGUCUCUGACACAUUCAUAUUCUGUCUGUCACCGGCACAUGGACCAAAACGGAUUUUCUCAAAUGUAUUACUGCAUCACACAGCUUCACAGCUGAAAUGUAAAUUCCACUCGCUUUUGAUUGUGUUGCAUCUUCCUUUCGCUGUAAGUCAAUCUCACCUUGCUUUAUUCAAUAUUUUCAUUUUAUUUCAUUUUAAUUUAGAUUUACAGUUAUAUAGUGUUUCCACCUUUGGACGUGUGAAUGCCAUAACUUAUGUAUGAGAAGGAGUUUUGUGUGGGAAGAUUUCAUGUAUAUAACAAAUCAUUUUGGGUUUUGGAUUAGUAAGCAUAAGUUUCAUGAACUCACUAGCAACAAUGCUGUCUGCAAAGUUAUUUUAAUUUUAACUAGACCACAUUGUAUUUAUCCAUAUUUUUUGUACUUGAGACUCAUCACUGCAAAUCAAUUUGUAAAGGGAGACCUUUUUUUUCCAAAGCAGUUUAAAUAUAUAUAAUAUUCACUUGCUGAAGGUCAAUGUAGAAUUUCAUAAAGGUGAUAUUUUAAUCCUGUGGAUAUAAGCAAAGCCAUAUCAACACCUACAACAACAAGACCGGGAUAGUGUCACAUGGACAGAGGCUGUAUUUGUGCUCUAUGGCUGUGGCCCUCACAUACCACUGAGGAUGUGCUGCUGACGUGUUCUGAAAUGCUGCAGUAGAUGAUUCUUUCUGUCAGGUCAGUGUGUUCCUGCACAGAGACGACCUGGCGACCAACUCUCGCAAGAUUAAGAAUUUAAAUAUUUAUCUCACUUGUGCAGUUGUAUUGGUUUAUUUUGACGUCAUUAAAUGAUGGCACAAAGUUUUCUCACCUGUACUUCUGUUAGUUAAUUCCAAAAUGGUACCACAGUAACACCGAUCACAUGUUUUCCACUGUGAAGAUUUCUAUGCACACAGAUACAUUUCAGACACAUCUGGAUUCACUGCUCAUCAAUAUCCCCCUGUUGUCUUUACCCUGUAUGCAACCUCUGUAAAGGAGUAUAAAGCUACUUCUAAGUUUAUUAAUGACAUGAGUGAUGAAAAAAUAAAUUCAUACUGUUUUUAAUCCAUAUGA